AUGUUCUUAAUAGAGUCCAUAGAGGAUGUGCCUAUUUUAAGCACAACAUUGCGGAUUAUGAAGUUUUGGUCCUUUCUGAUAGUACAUAACUGGAGACGUUACGUUUGUCUAACACCCUACAUUCUUAUGAAUAUUACGCAGUUUUUGGACCUAUACUAUACUACCGAACCAAUAGUAAAUGUUAUCAGGAAUGCCUAUAUAACAGUUCUUUGUUUUAAUACUAUCUUAAGGGCUUUGCUACUCUGCCUACAUCGGUAUAGAUACGAACAGUUUAUGGCGAAAUUGAAGAAUUACUACGUCCAACUCAUGUGUAUGAACGAUACGUUUGUGAAUUCAGAAAUCAAAAACACAAUUCAAGCAGCAAAAGUUUUCACCAGGAUUAAUUUACUAAUGGGUAUAUUAGCUUGCAUUGGUUUCGUCACCUACCCGAUAUUUUCAACUUCAAAGGUGUUACCAUUUGGCGUCUUUGUACCAGGCAUAAAUAAGUACAGAAGUCCUUAUUAUGAAAUUAUUUUUAUACUGCAAGUUAUUAUGGUUCCCAUGGGUUGUUGCAUGAACAUACCAUAUACAAAUCUAAUAAUAUCAUUCAUAAUGUUUGGUAUUCUCAUGUGCAAAACUUUACAAUAUAAAAUAAGAAACUUGAACUUCAUCAACAGUUCAAAAGCAAAAGAUGAUUUAGUGUGGUGUAUUAAAUACCAGGUUAAAAUUAUCAGGUUUGUAGAUACAGUCAACGGCUUAACAACCUAUAUUUGGUUAACUGAGUUCCUCACCUAUGGAGCAAUGCUUUGCGUUAUGUUAUUUUUGCUGCUAAUUGUUCAAACAGUGGGUCAAAUGAUAAUUGUCAGUGCUUACAUCAUAACAUUUGCAGCUCAGAUAAUACCUAUGUAUUUCUUUGCCAAUGAGCUAUACGUGGAGAGUAUUGCUGUAGCUACAGCUGCUUAUGAAAGCAAUUGGUAUGAUUCUGAUAUGGAUACUAAGAAGUUUCUGAAGUUAUUUAUGCUGCGUGCCCAGAAGCCCUGUGCGAUUUUAGUUGGAAACGUAGCACACAUGAAUUUGGAACUCUUACAAACAUUGCUGAAUACAACCUAUUCCUACUUUACAUUGCUUAAACGAUUCUAUGGCUAAAACCAAAAUAAUUAUUACUAUUAAGUAGAUACCGUUUAGUUAUAAGUAGAAAUGUAUAAAUAGAAAAGAUUCACAAUAACAAAUACAUAUAGCUGAUAAAAAGUAUAUUGU